AUGGCGAUCAAGAUGGGCAUCGGUGACGGCAAGGCAACAACAACAAAACCAACACCAAAAACAACACCAAAAACAACUACAACCACAACCACAACCACUACCGACUCGACGGCCAAUGCGUCCGAACCGGGAAAGUGUCCGAAAGCCAAUCAGGUGUGGAAAGAAGAUUCGGACAAAUGUCUAAAUAAUUGCUCCAAUUGGCGGACCGGAGACAUCAACUGUAUGUCAUACCCGGGGCCGGGAUGCGAGUGCGCGCCCGACCAUUACGUUCACGACAUCACUGCCGAGUGUGUCCUUUUAAAAGAUUGUCCUCCUAAAAAGAAAAAAACAACAGAAACGGAACCGACAGAUAAGCUGUUACAAGUAGCCGAUACAGCAACAGAUACAUCAACAACAACAACAACACCGCAAACCACAACCACUGCCGACUCGACGGCCAACGCAACCGAACCGGUAAAGUGUCCGAAAGCCAAUCAGGUGUGGAACGAAGAGGCGUCCAUUCAUUGUCCCAUCAGUUGCUCCAAUAGGCGUACGUUCGGUCCCAUCAACUGCAUGGAGACCCCGGGCCCGGCCUGUGAGUGCGCGCGUGACUUCUUCAUACACGACACCACCAAAGAGUGUGUCCCCGAAAAUGACUGUCCAAAGAAAUCUGGCUGA